AUGGCCAGCCCACGGACACUCACCUUGCUCUGUGGCUUGCUGGCAGCCACCUUGGUCCAAGCCACUCUCAGCCCCGCUGUGGUUCUCAGACUUGGCCCAGAAGUCGUCAAAGAAAAGCUGACACAGGAGCUGAAGGACCACAAUGCCACUGCCAUCCUGCAGCAGCUGCCACUGCACAGUGCCAUACAGGAGAUGUGCACCACAGGCUUCCCCCAGCUAGGCAGCCUGGUGAACACUGGACUGAAAGCUAUCAUUUGGCUGAAGGUCAUCUCAGCUAACAUCCCCCAGUUGCAGGUGCAACCCUCGGCCAAUGACCAGGAGCUGGUAGUCAAGAUCCCCCUGGACAUGGUAUCCGGAUUCAGCACGCCCCUGGUCAAGACCAUUGUGAAGAUACACAUGGAGACUGAGGUCCAAGCCUUCAUCCGCGUAGAGACCAGGGAGAGGGGCCCCACCCGCCUCGUCCUCAGGGACUGCUCCGCUCACCACGGGGGCCUGCGCAUCACCCUGCUGCGUACACUCUCCUUUCUGGUCAACUCCUUAUCCAACAAGGUCAUGAGCCUCCUAGUGCCAGCCCUGCCCAAACUGGUGAAAACCCAGCUGUGUCCCGUGAUCAAGGAGGCCUUCGAUGACGUGUAUGCAGACCUCCUGCAGCUGGUGAAGGUGCCCAUUUCCCUCAGCCCUCACCGCCUAGAAUUUGACCUGCCAUCUCCUGCCAUCAAGGGUAAUGCCAUCCAGCUCCACCUGGAGGCCAAGUUGAUGGACUCACAGGGAACAGUGACCAAGUUGUUCAAUAACUCUGCGGCUUCCCUGACGAUGCCCACCCUAGACAGUGCCCCAUUCAGCCUCAUCGUGAGGCAGGAUGUGGUGAAUGCUGUGGUGGCUGCCUUGCUCCCUCCAAAAGAACUCAUUGUCUUGUUGGACUAUGUGCUUCCUGAGCUGGCUCAUCAGCUGAAGUCAAGCAUCAAGGUGAUCAGUGAAAAGGCUGCAGAUCAGCUGGGACCCACACAGAUCAUGAAGGUCCUAACUAUGAAGACCCCUGAGCUCUUUCUGAGCCAGGGCAGUGCCAAGGUAGCCCAACUGAUCACGCUGGAAGUGUUCCCCACCAAUGAAGCCCGCCGCCCCCUCUUCACCCUGGGCAUCGAAAGCAGUUCAGAAGCUCAGUUUUACACAAAAGGUGACCAACUUAUGCUCAACUUUAAUGAAAUCAGUUCUGAUCGGAUCCACCUAAUGAACUCGGGUAUUGGCCUGUUCCAACCUGAAGUCCUGAAAAACAUCACCACUGAGAUCCUCUUCUCCAUCCUGCUGCCAAACCAGAAUGGCAAAUUAAGAUCUGGGAUCCCAGUGUCGAUGGUGAAGGCCUUGGGAUUCAAGGCAGCUGCGUGCUCUCUGACCCAGGAUGCCCUUGUGGUCACCCCGGCCUCCUUCUAG